CACGGCACAGCGCCACACCUAAUGAGGACAUCGUAGGCCUAUAUAAGAAGCAUCGACUAAGCUGGGGUCAUUCAUUCAGGGCGUUGUAGAUCUUUUGAAAGUCCGAUAAUUUAUUUUUGAAUAGAGAUCAUGGAGCGCUUGAUGUGUUCUGCAUUGCUGUUGGUGUUCAUUGCUGCAGUCACUGAAGCAGCAUCUUGGAAUUAUAGUCCAACCUCGGACUAUGGGCCGCACAACUGGGGCAAAAAAUUCCCAGAGUAUUGCGAUCCCAAUUCAUACCCCAGGCAAUCACCCAUUGACAUCAAGAAGGGCCUUCUCGUGUUUGACUCCUCUCUUCAGAAAAUGAGACACGAGAAUUUCGAUACGAAAAAUGUGUUGUUCCAGGCUCAAAACAACGGCCAUACAGUUCAAUUCAAUGUUGACGGAGAUGUUGAGACCGAAGGCGGCCCCGUGGACAAUGUUCACUACUACGCCCUUCAACUUCACUUUCACUGGGGAGACUCCAACCCAAUGGACGGUCAUGGAUCGGAGCAUACCAUCUUGGGACAGCAGCACAAAGCAGAGAUGCACAUCGUCAACGUGAACCACAAACACGACAAGCUCGAUAUAUCAGAAGUUAUCAAGAAGGAUGAUGGCCUCUUGGUCCUGGGAGUUUUCAUUGAUGUCGUGGAUAAAUCCAAGAACCAAAUGCCAAAUGAGGAGUUCGCAAAAAUAAUAGAAGGUGCCGAAAUGGUUAAAGACAGAGCCGGCAGCAAGUACAACAUGUCUCGUGGCUACAUAAACCUUGAGAAGCUCAUGCCAAUGAACCCAGAACACUACUACACAUACCCCGGUGGCUUGACCACACCUAGCUGCCAUGGUGCCGUGACCUGGGUCGUUUACAAAAACCCCAUCUACAUUACACAGGAACAGCUUUCGGUCUUCUACACCGUCAAAGACGAAGACGGCAAGAACCUCACUAACAUUUUCCGUCCACCACAGUCAGUCAAUGACCGAGUCGUCAAGACCACAAACCCCGAGGAUGGUAACGCCAAUGGUGCCAGCAACAAUGUCCAGGUUACAUUGGCUCUCGUCUUCUUCGCUUUUCUGCUCUCUCUGUUCCUGUAAAUCUUUCCCGCGAAUACUUGGAACUGUUUUCGCCGCGUUAAAGCGAUCGUAACCAAGUCUUCUGAUUGUGUAUUGGUAUCAAAUCCCCGGGAAAACCAUAGUUAUAUAUAUAUUUAGCAGUUGAACAAAAUGUUCACUUCAGUAGAAACUUCAAAGUCAGAAUUAUGUACAUGACCAUGAAUCCAGAGUCUUUCAAAUAAAUGUACUUGUAAUCACUGACAACAUUAACCAUUUUGGAUGCUUUUUGGAUACAUGUCAUGAUUCGUGAAAAGUUUAGGGCCACUAAUAUUGCACGCGAAGCGCUUCCAUGAUCUCACUGUUAAUUUUUAUUAUACUGCAUUAUGUAUUUUUGUACACAGUGUUUGUGAUAAUAUUUUGACACCCAGUUUUUACUUUUUGAAUUACAUGUACAUGCAUCAACAAAAAAAUGAGUU